AUGAACUCACAAUCGCAAUUCGAUCCGGCCGCCAUGAUCGGGCUGGUCGGAGUCUCACCCGGGAGAACAGAAGACAACUUUGACAUUUUCGAAUGGUAUCCACGGUAUCAAAGCUGCCAACGCUAUUUCCUCGAUCAUGCACAACACAGCGUGCCCGUCCAGGCACUAUCUGCCUUUUUGAACAUCAAAUUACCCUUCCAACGACAACCAAACCCGAUCAUGAAUUCAAUUCCCGUGUCCGCACCAUCUCCAGCAGGAGCGGCACCACCAGGCCCAACACCAUCAGGUCCGCCCGCCGUCUCUUUGAUACCGUACAUCCGCCGUCUGGUCGCCACGGGCAUGGAUUUCCCAGGAGUACUGCAUGGAUUCUUCGGCGACGACUGGGGCACGGGCGUUGGCCCUUUGCACGAGCAAGAACGUCGCAAUUAUCUAUUCGCUGCGAAGAGCGGCGGCUGGGCAUCCGUGAAGAAAGAUUACGAUAUCCCCCCGCUGGAAACGAUUCCAUUCCUGCGCCCGCUGCAGGGUUCCUUGGACGCGGAGAUUGAGGCCGCGGAGCGCAGUUGGAGCGAGUGGCUUGCCAUGGAGGACUGGAUGGUUGGUCCCCGUGCGCCAGAUAUUCUUCACGACUCUUCUUCACAGAAUUCGCGGCCAAGGAGUUCUCGCUGA